ACAGAAUAUCCGAAGAACUAAUUUCAAAAAGGUGAAAGGUAACUGGGGACCUGGGGAUGGCGAUGUGUUUGCAGUGUUGAAGCUCAGUCAUACUGUACUGUGGAUGUGAACUCUCUAAUUAAUAAACUGAUGAUGGCUUCUAGGUUUAUGAAAUAUUUAAUGAGGAAUGCCAGACACUGCACUAACUCCAGCAAGAGCAUGCUAAGGGUUUGUUUUAAGAGGGUAUCAUCAGCCAGUUCAACCAACCUCACCGGAAUCAUGUCAAAUAUUCUAGGAGAAUUUGAAGUGACCAGCUCAGGUAAACGUGCUGUUGGCUCACAACAGCCAUGGGUCUCAGAGGAACAAGUCACCCAAUUUUGUCAACAAUAUCAGAAGUUGUCAGUGAAAGAGAAAUCUGAAGUCUUGUUGUUUUUGUCUAAAAGGUGCGGAGUGAAUCAUGCAGAUGCUGUAUCUGCAGCCUCAGCACUAAUAGCUGCAAAGGAUGAGCCGGCAAUUUUCACAUAUGAACACCGAUUGCAACAGUCGCUUUCUCCGCAGUAUACCCACCUCUUUACGAUGAUCAGUCGCACCGCAUAUGGUGUAAAGUUUCUAGUGGACAUGAGAAGCAACAUCUUGGAUUUACUUUCUACAUCUUUAAACCCGAAUGAAGUUGAACCAAUAAGGCAUCUGAAUGCAAGUCUUCGUGGAUUGUUAGUUCACUGGUUUUCUACUGGCUUGCUAAAUCUGCAGCGAAUAACGUGGCAAAGUUCAUGUGAUAUGCUACAAAAGGUUAGUGAGUAUGAGGCGGUUCAUCCAGUACAAAACUGGUUGGACUUAAAGCGCAGAGUUGGUGCUUAUCGACGUUGUUUUGUCUUCACACACAACAGCAUGCCACUAGAGCCUGUGGUAGUCCUGCACACAGCACUUACUCAAGACAUUAGCACCAACAUCCAGUCUCUUGUCAAACAAACUGAAGGUGUGCUUCCAUCAGUGGAUAGUGAAGAUAUUAGCAAAAUUAAUGCAGCCAUUUUCUAUUCUGUUACUUCAACCCAAAGAGGACUACAAGGUAUUGACCUUGGCAACUACCUCAUCAAAACAGCAGUUCAAAAACUGCGAGCCGAGUUCCCAAAUAUGAACAUCUUCUCCAGUUUGUCACCAAUUCCAGGGUUCCGAGAUUGGCUGCUACAAGAAAUCAAUAAGCAAAUUCGAGGGUCAACAGAAAAGUUGUUUUUACAGGACGAGCUGAGUGUACUCCAGCAACAUUUAGCUAGCAAACGAGAAGAUGUUGUAGCACAAGUGAAGGAACUUAUUCACUCAAAUUCAUGGAGUGAAUCUGAAUCAUUAACAGGCGCCCUCAAACCACCGCUAUGCAGACUGUGUGCUAGAUACUUGUAUGAAGAGAAGCACAGAGGCUAUGCAGUCAACCCUGUUGCCAAUUUCCAUUUAAGGAAUGGUGCUACGAUGUGGCGUAUAAAUUGGCUUGGUGAUACCAGUAGUAGGGGUCUGGCUGCCUCUUGUGGCUUGAUGGUAAAUUAUAGAUACUUCUUGGAUAAGACUAGAGCUAACAGUCAGGCUUACGUUGAACACAAACACAUAGAUGCAUCCAAGCAAGUUUUAGACAUACUUGAACCAUUACACAUAUCAAGGAGCAAGCUAUGAGCUUUGGUUUGGGGUAGUUUUUCAAUUAAGGUGCUUGUUUUCUAGUACCUGAAUGCUGGGUGCAAAUCCUGCAAUUACCAGGCAGAGCCUUAAAAAGUUAAUUUUUUUUCUUGCUGGACUAAGGUCUAGUUUUUCCAAAAUAAUUGCUAGUCCUUAUAUCAGCUACUGAAUGUUGGUCUAGUUUUAAUGUAUUUUUUGCUAGCCUAGCUCUAAAAUACUCAAGAACCCAGGACCACCAACUUUUUUACAGCCCUGCCAGGAUUUUUUUCAUAAAUACUGAAAUAACUGCACUCACUACAAGACUCAUAAUGAGAUUAUAAUGUAUUGGGUAAGUCUUUUUAAUGUUUAUAAAAAGUAAAAAUGGGAAAUAUAAUAAAACUUUUAUUUAUAAAUGCAUUAUAAAUGUGGAUAUGAACAAUUAUUUGUAAACAAAAAAAUCGGGGGGAAAAAAAAAAUGUUUUUUAAACGCCACCCCUAUUUUUCCGUGAGCUAGGAGCGGAUGCUGGAGGGCAAACAAACAAUUUUUUUUUUUAGGUAUAAUUGGAAUAACAUAUGAAUGAUGUACUUGAGCAAAGAAAUAAAAGGUAAAUUUCCAAAUGUGGUAUUGAAAGAGUAGAGACGAGAACUACUCCGAAGGUGAAGUACAAGAAAGCGGGGUCCCAAGUCUCCCCGAAAAGAUGCCCCUUUGAUAUAUGGCACCAUUUUUGAAGAAAAAAUGGUGGUUGUUUAGUGUCUAAAACCAAUAGUGUUGGAACGUGCACUCCCCGCAGCCCACUUUCCCCCUAGUUUAGUUACUGGACUGGUAAUUAUUUGGGCCUCAAUCCACCUCUGGCCUGAUGUCUCGUCAAAUACCUCUAUUACUCAAAUCAUAGAGAAAAUAGAACAGUCUCUAUUACUCAAAUGGACAAGUUGACUAGAGAUAUAUUAUGCGCCUGACAUUAGUACAUUAAAAUGGCAAGUUAAAUUUUGUAUCACAGCAUAUGUUUAUAGAUUUAUUUAAAAAGAAACAUCCAGAAACAAACCCAUAUUACCCAGUGAAUAAAUAUAUUUGAAAUGUAUUUGUUAUGUAUUUGUUUUUGAACAUAAUGGUCAUCAACAAAGGAAAAAGUAUGUUGUGACAUACUACAUCUUAUGCUAUCAAUUUUUUGGGUUGGCUCAACUUAAAUUCUUCAUCCUUUUAUGUACCUAUUUUUUUUAAGAAGUACUGUAGGCCUAAUCUCCAAUCUUCCUUAGACUUUAAAUAAAGGAUUACCAACAAA